AUUGAAAACAUUCAAAAAUUGAAUUCGAAAAGAUCUUUUAAUACACGAUUAGUGACUUUAAUAAGAAGUUCUUGUAAGAAUUAAAAAUUUGAAAUUUCAUAAAAGACUUGACGAGUGAGUAGUGAGAAAAGACUGUUCAGGUAUUUCAUGCGACGAAUUGAAGGUUUUCAUGAUAAACAGACCACGUGUUAUCUCCAAUUAAAACAGUGUCACAACGUGUUUACAAAAACAAUAUAAAAGUUGUUUCGCUUUUAUAUAGUUCGUUAUAUUCUUGCUGACAUAGACAUUUUGUUAUUAGGUGUACUGUGGUCCAUACAUUUUAUUAUAAACUUUACUGCAUAUGAAUUCAUAGAAAGAACUUGUUACCGAAAGACUGGAUAAGUCAUCAAAUAAUGUCUUAUAGAGAUCGGUAUAGAGUAUCGGGUUAUCGGAGUCAACCUGUUAGUAACAGAAGUUCUUUAUACUUACCAUCGGAUUAUAAUGUUACUAAUUUUUCGGAUGAUCUAUCGGAUUUCGAUCGACAAUUUAAGAAAUUGUUGGAGAGAACAGAAAAGUUUACAAACCGAGUUGAAAAGCUUCAAAACACAGCGACAUAUAUAAAGAAGGGUUUUCUUAGGAUUGACAACACGGUUACAGGUUUGCGUUCGCAACGAGAUGUCAUUGAAACCGCGUUCGAUAGUAUCGAAAAUAGGUUGUACAACGAUGUUGGAGAACCACCAACAACAGAGGAGGAAUGGAAACGCUUUCUCGAUGCCGGCAUUUUAAUCGAAAAAGCUGUGGAAUUACUAAGAAAUCGUUAUAAGCACCCAAAACCAGUAUUUGAAUACUCUCCGGAGGAUCGCUCACCAUACUCAUACGAUGUUUCUCCAUCCACUGUACUUGUUCCAAAUCCGCACUCACCCACAGAUGCUGAAGGAAAUCGAAUUCGUGACAUCGGGAGUGAACUCCGUCCAUUAACGAUUCCUUCUCUAGCAAAUAACAUGAAAAACGGAAUAUCAAAACGAGGGCAUAACAAGAUUGAAAAACCCUUAUCGCCUUUAUCGGAAGAAAUUAUUGAACCGACAGAAACUGAACUCGUUGUUCGAAGGUGGGAAAAAAAAGAAAAAAAUGACGACAAAUCAAACGAAAAAAAUGCAAACGAAUUCCGUUCCUCAAGUUUGUUUAAGGACGAAACUAAAGUGAGUAAUUUUAAAUUUGAAAAUGCCGACACAGCCAUAAAAGAUGUCAUUCCUGGCAACGCACGACGUCCGUCGUUCUUAAAAACCUUACGAAAUGCCGCCAACAAGAAAAAAACGCGACCUUUAACGAUGUACGAGACAUCAAGCGCUGAAUUUACAGAAAAUGAGAUAAACAAAGAGAUGAACAGAAGAAGGAGAGAAAAAGAAAAAAUAGAAACGGAAAGUGAAUUCUACGAACGAACGAAUUCUAUGCAAUCCAAUUUGGACGACGUAGCUAAGAGUAUAACAUCGUCAUUUCAAUCUAGCGCAAGCUCCAGUCUAAGCACUAGCCUGAAUCUAUGUCGAGACGACGACUCACCAAUCUCGACAUUUAAAAAACGUAGUAGUAGCAGCAGUUUUCAUGAAUACAAUCCAGGAAAUAGAAUACCGCUAAAAGAAAGACUAAGACGAAAGCAAGAGGCCGAAGAAAAGGCUAACGAGAAUAAGUCCGCCGAAACAAAAGUUACGAGAAUUUCUUCUUCACCGCAAAAAACAUCCAAGCUAGUUAAAAACAAAAGUAAAGACGAAAAUAAGGACGAAAACAAUAGCAGCUUUACGUCGCGUUUUUUAAGGCGCUUCCGCUCGAGUAAAAACAACAUUUCGUAUGAAUCAGAAGAAACGACAACGCGCCGACGUCGUACACGAAAAAGAAGCGAGGAGGAGGAAAAUCCGCCGAGUGUUAGCGAGUCUGAAUUAACGACAAUGCUACAACGGCGUCGGAAAAGCGAAUCAGAGGACAUAAAACGUAAAAACAGUGAAACUAGUGAAGAAAAGAAAUCGAGCGAUAAGCUAAUAAAUAAAGAGAAAGAAUCAUUUCUGCAUAAUUCAAGUGACCUGCUCAAUGUGCAGAAAGAAGAUGUUGAAUCCCAUUGUCCGAAAGAAAGUCGAUCUAUAGCCAACGACUUCAACGACGAAUUUUUAAACUCCACACCGACGAAAACGCCUCCUGAUAUCACGUGUAGUGUUAGACCCAUUACAAGUACUCCGAAUAAUAUAUUUGGAAAAGAUGAAAAUAAUAAUAAAAAUGAUAAAGUUAAUCUCGCACGGCGUCAGGGAGAAGUACGACACGCAAGUAACGAUAAAAACGAAACCAUAACUAAAGCCAUAGACCUUUUAAACGUUGAAAAAUUGAACGUUGUUAAAAAUAAGGUUUCCACCGACGUAACGGAAACAGCACGUACUGACGUGGUACGUCGGCGACGAGUACAAGAAGACCCGACAGAUGACGUUAUGUUGAAAAAUUUAAAUCGAGAAUCGGUUUUGAUUUUUGAAGAAAACAUUGUGCCUAAAGUUAAGACAAGAGAAGAAAAAAUAUUACUUUUUCAAACACCUAAAGUAUCGAUAGAAGAGGUAUGCGAAGAAGAAAUUCAAGUUGCUGACAUCAGCAAAGAAGGAUACUUUUCGGUAGAUGUAUUUGAAAUACUUAAGACCUCACAACACCCAGUAUCUGAAGAAGAAGUUCCUUUGGUGACUCUACCAACUAAAUGUACGGUAGACGAAGAAGCGCUUGAAAGAGUUUAUCAAAUAACACCGCCUGAGAAAACAGGGAGAUUUUUUGCAGAUGUUCACAUACCUAGGAAACAAAAUGAUGAAGAGAGGCAAAAACUCCAUCGCAGUAGUUCAAACAGCUGCGAAGAAUCGUUAACAGGGAAAAUGCAUCAGGAGAUAAUUGACACAAAAACAGCUGUGGAGGAGAAAGAUAUUGUUAACUCGCCCUUAGAAAAAAACUCUUUCGCGUACAAAUCGGAAAAUGAGUUUGAUUGGAUUAACGGUGAACAUUAUCUAGAAUCAACGGAUUUAACAGGAGAAAACACGGUUACAGAAGACAACAAAUCGAAAGUAAAAGAACAAACUAUGAAAAUUAUAUUCACAAGGGAAGACGUGACUGAAAGCAGAAGCGUUACCAAACAAAGAAACGAUAUAGGAAUUGAUGGCGAUAGUAGUUAUAAUUUGCAAUGGAAUGAAGAAGGUUGUGAAUCAGAUUCGAAAUAUAUUACCCAGAAUAGCAUGAUUUCAAAGAUAUCAGCUGAUAAAAAUUCGACUAAGUUGGAAGAAGCGCUACACAAUCUAAACAUCGACGAGUUGUCUACGAAUGACUUGAACGGUGGCGAUUUAAAACUUGCUGAUGUAAGCAUAAGAAAAGAACUUGUAGGACAGACAGGAGAAGGUCUUGAUUCUGCAGUAUGUAAAACACGCAUUGGCAAUAUGUCGUUUACUUGCGACAGCAUUGAACGAAUUGCGGACAGUAAUUUAAAUGUUACCGAGCAAGUAAAAACCAGGUCAGAAACAACAGAAUAUAGCGACAUGGUUUCUACGCUUGAUUGUCACAACUUUGUCUUGGGUGACAAUGAAAACUUUACAGAAAUUAAUUUAAAAUCAGAGGAUAUGGCAACAACCACAGGAGUGCAAGCAGGCUCAGAAACCAGCCUCUGGUAUACGGAGCAAAGACCAUUCACCGAAAAAAUGGUGCAACAUAACCGUAACAAUUGUUCCGAGAUAAAAACCGAUAAUAAACCAGGUGGAGAGAAUAAUCAAAUUUUGAAUAACGAAGAUCUAGAGGCUCGACCACUAACACCGCAAUUGAGUGAGGUAGGCCGUAGUAGUUUGAUGGGGUCGUCUAAGAAGCGACUGAGUUAUCGAGAACAACGUGGGGCCCACAUGAAGCUUUUGUUGGGUUCAACCGACUUGAACGGGAGUGUAACGUCGCUACUAGAAAAAAUUGAUAAUGACGUAACUGAUGAACAAAUUGACGAUAUUCCAUCACUAAAUACAACACCGCAACGUAUACAAGCAGGAAAUACGAUGCCAUAUCGCGACUGUACCGGUUCAAUGAGCUCAUUUAUCCCGGCGACGAAUAGUGAUACGACAGAAAUUAAAUGUACAAACAAUGAAAACAACAAACCAUCUUCACCCGACAUCGACUCUGACGUAAAGCAAGCUUCACUAUUCGACGUAGAGAAGGCGCCAUUAUCCGACAUAAAGCAGGCAUCACUAUCCGACACAAUGGAGGCGUCACUACUAGACGAAAGACAAUGCACUGGACAAGCAAUAGCACCACAAAAAAACAAUGAACUUGUCUCAUCACUUGUAAAAGACAAAACGACGACACGUCAAGCUAUUUCAGCUCCGAUAAGUCCAACAAAUGAUACCGUGUUCACAUCCCUUGGCAAUAGAGGCUCCGAAAUUACAGGAAACAAGAAAAGCGUUGUUAAACCGAGGUCGGCAUCGGAACCGUCAGUUCGACCAUUGUUGGAAAAACAAAUGAGUAUAAAAGAGUACCGACGUCGUAAAUUAGAAAGCCAGGAGACGUCGUCAUCAUGUAGUGACGAAAGUAUAUUUGAAAAAUCUGAUGUGGAUAAAUCUACGAUGUCAUCAUUAGCUGACGAAAGCGAUGUCAGUAACGGUAACCAAUAUCGUAACAAGCGAUACAGCCAUAGUAAGAAAGAUUUGCGAGAUACCGAAAGAACUUCAAGUAGUUCAGAAAGUGACGCUUAUCCUCCAAAUGACGUAAAGAAUGAAAAUAAAAUGUUUCACCGCCAUUACGCGUAUAACGGAAUGCAAAGCGAUACUAGCGAAUACAGAUAUGGCGAAAAUAAAAGAAAACAUCACGACGAGGCUGUAUCGAGAACAGAUCAUCGAAAAAAUUACUCACAGUUGUCACAUAGGUCACUGGAUUCAUGAAUACUUAUUUUAAUCUUAGUAAAAUUAGUUAUAAUUUUCAAGACAUUUUCUAUCAAAAUUUCGAUUUUUCACACGAAGUAUUCCAAAAAUUUAUUUAACAUAAGGAGGGUUCGUUUUUCGUAGGAUAACAAGUCUCGUUAGUUGGGGAAGCUUCUUCUUUUGAAAUUGUCAUUGAAGGAGUCUGCAUACUAAGUUGCAUUUUACUUUUACCAUUACCCCAAAUAAAUAAAUUUACUGUAAGUUUAUAUGUUAAAAUACCGACUAUUUUACCUAUUAAAUUGUUUUGGCUCU